CUCUCUCUCUCUCUCUCUCCCCGUAUCUAUCUUUACUCUCUUUUUCUUAUUUUUGUCAAAACAAGAUUAUUCUUCUGCUUCUUUGAAUCUUCAAUGUCAAAUUGACUAUGCCUUUUCGGUUGAACUUGAAUGCUUUGCUUUCCUCCUUAUUUCUUUCCUUUUUUGUUUGUAUUUCCUUUUUAUGGGUAGCUCACACCAUAUUUGCCCUGAGUAGAAGAUCGUUGAAUUUGGAAUAAUAAGAUUUUUUUUUCUUUUUAUGUUUGUGGCCAAAAAAUAAAGAGAGAGAUCCAUCAACUGCCAAAUAUCCUCUGCGUUCGUUCCAGUUUUUUUGCUUUUGUCUUCGCCCUCUCAUCCCUCUUUAGGGUUUCUGACUUUAUUGUGGUUCCUUUUCUGACGUAGAGUAGAGAAGCUUCCCCCUUUAAUACGCUGGGCAAAUCUAUGAUUCUCCGACCUUUGAUUGUGAAAUCUUUAUCCUGUGUUUUUGCUUGUGUUCGAAUGAUGGUAUAGUUCAUGUCUGUUUAAAAAAAAAGGAAAGUGUGAUUUGUCUUGCAGUGUUUUCAGUGGUUGAAGCUGCCAAAGUCCCUGGAAGAAUUAAAUCAUGGUGAGAGGCAAGGUUCAGAUGAGGCGAAUUGAGAAUGCGACGAGCCGGCAAGUCACCUUCUCAAAGCGCCGGCCUGGGCUACUGAAGAAAGCUUAUGAGCUCUCGGUCCUCUGUGAUGCCGAAGUUGCCACGAUCAUCUUUUCACAGAAAGGAAGGCUUUACGAGUUCUCAAGCAAUUCCGAAAUCCGAAAGACGAUUGAUCGAUAUCGUAGAUCUACAAAUGAUGCGGCUAUGUACCAGGCUAAUAUAAAACAAAAUAUUCUGCGUCUGAAGCAAGAAACCACUAAUAUGGAGAGGAAGAUUGAGCUUCUUGAAGUUUCUCUACGGAAGCUAUCAGGACAAUGUCUUGGAUCUUGCUCGAUGGAUGAAAUCCAAGAGAUAGGGGAUCAGCUCGAGCGAAGUUUGAGCAGCAUUAGGGAAAGAAAGGCUCAAUUAUUCAACGAUCAGAUACGGCAGUUACAAGCAAAGGAGAGGUCUCUGAAAGAAGAGAAUGCAAAGCUUCUUGCAAAGGUGUCGCCUUCUUUCCCAUCGUGUCUUGCAAAUCCCGGGCAAUCAACAACUCAUCCGAGAGCCACAGCAAUACAUAGCCAGAGCAGCCCAUGUACAGAUGGUGAGACCAGGUUGUUCAUCGGAUUGCCAGAGAGUUAAACUGGUUCGCCAUCACCCUAAUAAUACCUGUUCAAUAGAAUAAAAUAAGAAUUAUGGCAAUAUAACUCAAGGAUAUUUUUACUCAGCUAGAUUCCCCUUAGCACUGCCACGGCAACAUAUGCAUGGAAUUCAUGGUAGUCAUUUCCAAGAUCCACAAGUAAGAAUAGCGAAGGCAAAGAAAGAUCAUAUUAGAAAUGAAUAAUGACGAAGACAUAUUCGAGGAAGAUUCGGCGAAAUGAAGGAAAUAACUUGCUUGCACCUUGGGCUUCACAUUUGAAUUACACAUCGGUUGAUUCCAAGAAACAAACGUCUCUGUUAAGCAUAUUUUUGAAUUGCUUGUGUGCAUUUGAACAACAUCAUUGGAUACCUCUUUGAGGUUUUUUAACUUAUUUUAUUUUUCGGCUUGAGGACA